UUGGACUUUGAUAAACCGGGAAAGCAAAUUCUAACAUGUUCAUGGCAAGAAAAAGAUACUAUUCAAAUUUGGGAUUAUGGAUCCUGUAAACUUAUAGAAACGAUAGUGCCAGAUAAUCAUCACUCAAAACUGUAUUGUGGAAAAAUGGUUCCACAGACAAGUUUAAUUAUCUGCGGCGGCACGGAACUAAACAUACUAAGGGUUGUUGAUAUUAAUAUGAAGAUUACAGAAUGUUCCAUACGUAAUAAUCCAGGUGCCAUAUACGCAUUUGAUUUUGGCACGAUAAGGAGAAAACAAACCAAAAUCCCAGACACAUACAAAAAAAUAAGCGAAAUACAAAAUUGUCCACGUGUUGCAUUCGUUACUGGAAAGAGAUUACAAACUGUAGACUUUGGUUGA